AUGGCCGAUACCGAGCGUACGAUCCUCGAUUUUUACCAGAUUCCUACUCUGUAUCCUACAGAAUGGCCAGCUGAAAAGGACCUGGAAGACUUGGACGAUGAUGAUGAAGGCGAGAAAAAUGCUGCUAUAAAACGAAGACAGUCACGUUAUCAGGCGCUCGAGAGAGCUGUGAGCCAACGAAGGAGCAACAUUCCCAGAGAAGACGAUCAAGGAGGUGUUGGAAAUAUUGUUCAAAAAGACGAGCCGGAUCCGCUAGGGACUACCGAUAGCGUCGUCAGAACGCUGAAGCAUCUUGGUCUGCCCCUACAAGAUGACCACCGACUACGUAUGCUCCCGUGCCAUGACUGCAAUCGAUUCCUACUCUCCUCAACAACAUUUUCACCAGCUCUCUUCCUCUCCCAGAUGCAUGCUACUGCCGACACUCGGAGUCUCCUUACUGGUCUCGAUGUUCUAUCACAAUCCAUCGAUCAAAAGUCAGCGUCCCUCAAGGUCCUCGUUGAGACUAACUUCGAAAGAUUCGUCAAAGCCAAAGCAACAAUAGAUAAUGUCUAUAAGGAGAUGAAAUACCGCGGAAUGGAACCACCUGACGCCAAUAAUGCGCACUCUAAUGCAGCCCAGCGUCGCAGUUAUCGCAAUAGUGUGGCGGGCGGUGCUGGGUUAGGAAUCAACAAUCCCCUGACAUCUCCCAAUAUUGACACGCGUAAGAAGAAUGCACUGACAAAAGAGAGCGAGUACGGCGUGCUGGGAAUAAAGGGCCCUCUCCUGGAAGUUUCUGCAAAGGCUGAGGACGUAUGGGGACCUGCUCUAGGAGGAAGGGAGAAGGAGGAAAACCUCAAAACCGUUUCAAAUCAUCUGACCAGAUUCAAGGAUUAUGUUGAGCUGAGCACGUCGAUAGCAGACAGCAUCAAACGCAAGGACUAUGAAUCAUUAGUCGACGAGUUCAGCAGGGCAAGAAAAAUUGCAGACGAAGCUCGACGAUUGACAGAGGAAAUAGGGGACGAGACACCGACGGAGCCCCAGCUUUACCAGUUGUUGAUAGCGGGACGCAUGUGGUAUGAUGUUGACCAGCAGAUACGCGCCUUCAAACGUGAUAUCUGGAAGAGGCUGGUUACUCUUCACACCUCAUCCAGGACGGAUGGCACAACUGGCCGUAUUCAAGAUCAACAUAUGGAACUCAUCGGAUUACUUCUUGAGCUUGGCGCCGACGACAAUCCUAUCUGGGUAUGGCUUUUGAGCCGAUACGAUCAUUUGAAGGGCAAAAUCCAAUCGACAGCAGACCGCUCAAAAGUUGAGAUCGAGGUGCUUCGUCGCCGGCUGGCCAGUAACGAUAAACCGAACCCCAAUAUUAUCGCUGCGCAUCUGCGAUCCCUAGGACGGCCGGUGAUUGAGGACAAGCCUUUGACAUUCGACUCACCUGAAGUAAUUGAGCUCUGGGAGAAGAUGUUAUCGUUCCUUAACAGUCUCCUGUCAAGUGAAGGUAUUCUGGGUGAGGUGAUAGAGUUCUGGCAGACAGUGCAAGGGUUCAUUAAUGGGUCUGCUCAAGCUGCCCUUCCGGUUGGAUAUCGCGGCGAGUCUCGGCAUCACCAUGAACUAUCACCGCAGAGCGUUGGCGAAUUACGAAAAGGAGCUGUGGAACUAGUGGACUUGCUCCGAGAACACGCUUAUUCAUUCUUCGUGGAUAUGCCCCCCGAAGAUGUAUCCCUGCUUUUCUCGCCAAUCCCCAAUACGCCAGCCCCGACGACGCCUGGAUCCGCCACAUUGUCAUCUCCCAGAGAUCCUCGCUUCAAUUUUGACCCAAACAACAUGCCUCCUCCGUCGCCCAAGAGGGGUGAAGUCUGGGAAAAGCUGGCAUUCUGGCCUCCGUGGUCUAAUUCUAUCAGCGGCGUUCACUAUCUGUCCAAGAUGCUGACUUUGGUUGGCGCUGGAGCUGGUGAUUUAGCGUGCAUUGAGCCAAUUGAGUCCGGAGAAGGCCAGGUGAUCGAUCGCCUCAGAAGUCUUGUUGGAGGUUCCCGAGAGCGAUGCGUGACAGCAUUGUGCGCCGCCUGGAACAGAGAUGCUGAGAAUAUUAAGUAUGUUGAGGACUGGCAGCGCUCGGUUGAGAUGGGGGACGUGACACGAAUGCCAGCCAGCUUCGCUGCCUUCGAAGGAGCAGUCCUAUCAGGCAUGCAGAAAAUUCUCUACAUCCCUGAUGCCAUGUCCAGGUCAGGCUCGGGAGAUAUUGUCUUGCCACCUCCAACCAAACUUCUCCAGAUGGUCCGCAGCCAAUAUGUUACCACCCUGUACAAGGCAUUGAGUGGCAUGGUAGAAAAUGCCGAGCGAUCUCUGAAGAAGACGGAGGACGACUGGUUAAUUGAUAGCGAGAGAUCGCUUGCAUUGGCUGUGGCGCCGAGCAUGGCGGGCAAAGGGGCAUUGGACUCAGGGGACAGGAACAUUCGCAUGCUCAUGACCCUGAGCAACCUGUCAUCAUUGCGGUCGCAAGUAGUGCCAAGUCUCAACUUGCAGUUCGAGAAUGCCUUCUCCGUCAAGUUGACUGACGAGUCCAAAAAGAUUCGCGAAGUUCUUGGACAGAUCCACGAACGACUUUUCCAGUCCUACACAAAGCAGUCAAUCGAGAGGCUUCGCGAUGUCAUUCAAUCAGGCAUCUCAGCCCCUGACUGGGCUCCUGGUCAAGGGCAACGUACUCAGGCAGCUAAACCAUACGUGUACGAGGCGCUUCUUACCCUUGUACUUGUCCAUUCUCAGGUUUCUACUACUGCGCCGGCUCUCACAUUCGAAGUCUUGUCCUUCCUCCUUGAACAGACGUCCACCCAGCUCCUAGAAGCCUUCCGACGUCGGCCACACUAUACUCUAGAGGCACUCAUGCAGGCAACCCUCGACGUGGAAUUCGUCGCCCAGACCCUCAGCCACUACACUUCGGAGCGUGCUUCAGAGCUUCAGAGCCAAAUCUAUCAAGAGCUCGAUGCACGUACGGACAACGAGGCCCGCGCACGUCUCCAAGGCGAAUUGUCCGAAAUGCGCAACGUUCUCAAACGUCUUAGAGAAGCGAGCAAAAACGAGUUUGCUUGCUUCAAGAAGCCAAAAAGGCCUGGCCACGGCCCUAGCAGGAAUAAUAGCGGUCUGUCCGGUAUCUCAACCUAG